GUGCUGGCCAGAAGCAGGAAGUGUUUGAGCCGAGACUCCUCAGCCUUCCUUGGACUUCAAAUCUCUUUCCUUUCUUCUCUCAGAGCUGAAAUUUCUCCGCCUUCCCUGGAGCCGAAAUCUCUCUCCUUCCCUGGGAUCUGAGAUCGUUCUGCCUUCUAGAUGCCAGCUCUGUGUUUGCAGAUCCCCGGGUGAAGUAUCUCUCCUUAGGGCAGGGCCAAGGCCUUCGUGACUCCUGUGGGUCCUCACCCUGUAAAUCCAUGUAGGCCAGCCUGCUGCCUGGGAAGAGAAGAGCAAGACCUCUCCCCCUCUGGGUUCCUUCUCCCUGCCCAGCUCAGUCUGCAGAGAACCAAGGCCUGGCCCCAGCAGGGAGCCAGAGGGAAUGGCCCCUGGGAGCAGCAGCCCCCCUCCCCAGGGGCUGGUGACAUUCAAGGACGUGGCUGUGGACUUCACCCAGGAGGAGUGGGGCCUUUUGGACCAUCCUCAGAAGGAGUUGUACAAGGGGGUCAUGCUGGAGAAUGCCCGGAACCUGCUCUCCCUGGGGCUGCCAGUUCCCAGAAAAGACAUGGUCUCUUAUUUGGAGCAAAGGGAAGCCCCAUGGAUGUGGGAGCAAGAAGGUCGGGGGAGCUGCUGUCCAGGAGAGACCAGACUUGAAAUGAAGGAAAUUACUGAAGAGCUAAGCCUUUCUGUGGAAGAAACUCACAAGCAAAGAUUCAUGAGUGAUGGCCCCUAUGACUUCAGUUGGAGAGAAGUCUGCACAAAACCGAAGAGAAUCUACACUGCAGAGAAAUAUUAUGACUGUAAACAAUGUGGAAAGGGUUUUACAAAGAGGAAGUGUCUUAUUGCACAUCAGAGAAUCCACACUGGCGAGAAACCUUAUAAAUGCUAUCAAUGUGGAAAGACUUUUAAAUGGCGGCCGUGUCUUACUCUACAUCAGAGAAUCCACAUUGCAGAGAAGCCUUAUAAGUGUUAUCAAUGUGGAAAGACUUUCAGAUGGAAGGAAAGUCUUGUUGAACAUCACAGAAUCCACACUGGAGAGAAACCUUAUACAUGUAACCAAUGUGGAAAGACUUUCAGAGGUAGGAAAUCUAUUGGUGAACAUCAGAAGAUUCACACUGGAAAGAAACCUUAUGAAUACAAUCAAUGUGGAAAGUCUUUUACACGGAUGGAUGGUCUUAUUAAACAUCAAAGAAUCCACAAUGGAGAGAAACAUUAUAAAGGUAAUCAAUGUACACAGAAUAUUGGUGAAUAUCAGAGAACACACACUGAAGAGAAACCUUGUAAAUGUAAUCAAUGUGGAAAGACUUUUACAUGUAAACGCAGUCUUGUUAGACAUGAAAGAAUUCACACUGGAGAGAAGCCUUAUGAAUGCAAUCAAUGUGGAAAGACUUUUACAUGGAAGGACUGUCUUGUUAAACAUGAAAGAAUCCACACUGGAGAGAAACCUUAUGACUGUAAUCAAUGUGGAAAGGUUUUCAGAUUGAAGAGAUGCCUUACUGCUCAUCUGAGAAUCCAUACCGGAGAGAAACCUUAUGAGUGUAAUCAAUGUGGAAAAGUUUUCAGAUGUAUGUCCAGCGCUGCUAAACAUCAGAAAAGCCACACUGAAGAGAAAUGCUAUAAAUGUAAUCAUUGUGGGAGGACUUUUACAUGGAAGCCCAGUCUUGUUAGUCAUGAAAGAAUCCACACUGGAGAGAAAUGUUAUGACUGUAAUCAUUGUGGAAAGGCUUUUAGAUUGAAGAGAUGUCUUAUUGCUCAUCUGAGAAUCCACACUGGAGAGAAACCUUAUGACUGUAAUCAAUGCGGAAAGGCUUUUGCAUAUAAGAAUAGCCUUGUUACACAUCAGAGAAUCCACACUGGAGAGAAACCUUAUGAAUGCAAUCAAUGUGCAAAGGUUUUUGCAUAUAAGAAUAGCCUCGUUACACAUCUGAGAAUCCAUACUGGAGAGAAACCUUAUGAAUGCAAUCAAUGUGGAAAGGCUUUUGCACAGAGAGCUGGAUUUAUUGUUCAUCAGAGAAUGCACACUGGAGAGAAACCUUAUGAAUGUACCCAAUGCAUAAAGGCUUUUAAACAGAGGAACCGUCUUGUCCAACAUCAGAGAAUUCAUAUUGGAGAGAAACCUUAUGAAUGUACCCAGUGCGGAAAGAGUUUUACACGGAAGGACUCUCUUGUUGUACAUCAGAGAAUCCACACUGGAGAGAAACCUUAUGAAUGUACCCAGUGUGAAAAGGCUUUUAAACAGAGGAACCAUCUUACCCAACAUCAGAGAAUCCACACUGAAGAGAAACCUUAAGAAUGUGAUCAUUGUGGUAAAACCUUCAGUCUAAAGUGAGUCCGCAUUUACCAUCAGAGAAUUCAUCAGAGAUAUAGGAAUCUUAUAACAGAUAUGAAUGCGGAAAGACAUUGAGAUGGAAUACAGAGCUUUUUACCAGAAAAUUCACUCUGGGUACAAGCCAUCUAUGGACUCAAUGUGGGAAGGGUUUCAACCAGAGAUCAACUCUUAUCCUCUCAUCAGAGGAUUGUUAAUGAAAAAAGGCUCUAUGAAUGUGCUCAGUGGGUACAUGCCUUUCUUUAUGACAUAGAGGUCAUGGGUGAAGGUUAAAUUUUGUGUCUGUCUCUAACAGAAAGGGGAGAUAAGAAAAAUAAUUCAUGCUGCUCUUCCAGGUGGUCAAACCAGAAAAGGAGGCAAUAGGCUAAUAAUCUUCAGAUAUAUAUGAUAGGAUCCAUCUGGAUGUUCUCAGAAAUAGAAUGUCUUCAGAAUAAGGAAAGGACUUUGUACCAAUUUUAUGUCAACUGAGAAAUAAUCUUUGGUGAAGAGAAGAAAUCAGAUUUGUUUGAUCAAGGAUAUAAAUAUUGGAGCAAUUUAGGGGAAUUUUGUGUUCUCCCACAGGUAACCCCCAUACAUUUAUUGAGACUACAUCCAGGCCACUGCAUGUGACAGUCGAGAAAGUUCUCAUUGAGUUGAGGUCGUUUCUGCUUCCUGUUACUGGUGACCCAACAAUCAUGAUGAUGAGGCAGGGAUUCCCCUGAUGGACUUGAGGCAGAGGAGAGCCAUUGUGUGAACAAAGCAGCAGCUCCUAGGCAGACAAGAGGCCUUGUAAAUUUCUUUCUACAAAGUUUCCCAUCGUUGCUCCUGCUCUGCCAGCCUGGCAGGGAAAGCUGAAGGAACUCAGUUUCAUAUCAGAGGCAUCUGGGCUGCUUGUCACAUUCUCUCUAAAAAUCAGUGAAAGGGUCAGGUCCCAAAGACAGCACCCUCAUCAGAGUUAUGCUUUCCAGUGCAGAGACCAACAGGUUGGACAUGAUGGAGCAAUUCAAGAGGCAUUACAAGAAGUCUCUAUAUUGUCUCAUCAGGGCAAGUCAGAAGAGUCUUAUUUUGCCUAAAAAGACAAGCAUUGAUAACAAGAUAAUUUUCUAAAGAAAUUCACUUGCAUGUUAAUGAGGAACUAAGCCAACUUCUUGUUCCCUUGUAACUGAUUUUAUCAGAAUCUUGAGUUGGAAGGUGCUUCAGCGGCCAUCUAGGCCAGACUCAUACCUACAGAGGCAUCUCUUUGAAAUCAUUUCUUCUUGAAGACCAGCUAGGAAAGCAGCCCAUUAUUAAAGCACUGUUCAUCAUUCUAAGCUGAAAUCUGCCUCUUUCAGAACCUCACUUGUUCUAGGUCUUCCCACUGGGAUAUUUGAAGAGUAUUUCAUGUUGCCCACCAAUUUUCUCUUCUUUGGGAUAAGUGCCCUCACUCCUCUCAACUGACCCUUAUUUAGCAUGGUCUCCAAUCAAUCAUAUUCAUAAUCCUUCUUUGGAUGUAUUCCAACUAGUCAAGGCCUCUUGUUGAUUAUCUCCAGUUUAUUACAGAUAGAUAGAAAU